AGAUUGAGGAUGAAGAUGCCUUCCGGUCGGGAGGGAGGAGGUGACGUCAGGAUCGGUGGCAGGCGGGGUCCUCCUGUAGCCCUGGGGACGUUGUAUCUGUGGGCCUUCAGAUCGCGUCACAAGUCGGCGACUGAACCUUGGCUGUGGUGGCUGAGGCGGCGAAGGCGGCAGCGGCGGCGACAGCUCUGGGGUUUGCGUCUCGGGGUGUGUCGGCCGCCGCUGCUGCUUCGGCCUGGUAUGUACAAAUGGCUGGUUAGGAUUCUCGGCACCAUUUUCCGCUUCUGUGACCGGCCGGUGCCCCCUGCCCGGGCCCUUCUGAAGAGACCGCGCUCGAACAGCACUCUGUUUUCUACAGUGGACACUGAUGAAAUACCAGCCAAAAGACCAAGAUUAGAUUGCUUUAUUCAUCAAGUUAAAAACAGUCUCUACAAUGCUGCCAGCUUGUUUGGAUUCCCAUUCCAGCUAACUACAAAGCCCAUGGUAGCUUCUGCUUGUAACGGAACACGGAAUGCGGCCCCUUCAGGAGAGGUAUUUUCGAGAAACUCUUCAUCUUGUGAACUGACAGGUUCCGGAUCCUGGAACAACAUGCUGAAACUGGGUAAUAAAUCUCCUAAUGGAAUAAGUGACUAUCCAAAGAUCAGAGUGACAGUAACUCGAGAUCAGCCUCGCAGAGUCCUCCCUUCCUUUGGUUUUACUUUGAACUCAGAAGGCUAUAAUAGAAGACCGGGUGGCCGCCGCCAUAGCAAAGGCAAUCCAGAGAGUUCCUUAAAGUGGAAACCUCACGAACAGGUUGCCACGGAGAUGAUUACUGAAGAGGGUGGCAAGGGUCUGAGGCGCCCCCACUGUACUGUGGAGGAGGGUGUUCAAAAAGAGGAAAGAGAGAAAUACCGAAGGUUAUUGGAGCAACUUAAAGAAGGUGUUCAUGGAAACUCUGUUCCUCCUGUAACUUCAACUCAUCAUAGUUCUCAAAGAUGUCACAUGGAUACAUUAAAGACCAAAGGCUGGGGGGAAGAGCAAAGUCAUGGAGUCAGAACAACUCAGUUUGUUCCAAAACAAUAUAGAGUUGUUGAAACAAGGGGACCUCUAUGUCCAGUGAGGAGUGAAAAGAGGUGUUCAAAGGGGAAAAUCUCAGAUAAAGAGAAGACAGUUGGAAUCAGAUUUGAAAAUGAAGGUAGGAGGGGACACCAGCUGGAACCUGACCUGUCUGAAGAAGUGUCAGCCCGACUCCGCCUGGGCAGUGGAAGCAAUGGCUUAUUCAGGAGGAAAAUGUCAAUACUUGAGACAAAAGAAAAAAAUUGCUCUGGCAAAGAGAGGGAUAAAAGAACGGAUGAUCUUCUUGAGCUUACAGAGGACAUGGAAAAGGAAAUCAAUAAUGCCCUAGGCCAUGGCCCACAAGAUGAGAUCCUAAGUAGUGCUUUCAAAUUGCGAAUCACUCGAGGAGACAUCCAGACCUUGAGGAACUAUCACUGGCUCAACGAUGAAGUCAUUAAUUUUUACAUGAAUCUUCUGGUGGAAAGAAAUAAAAAACAAGGCUAUCCAGUACUUCAUGCAUUCAGUACUUUCUUCUAUCCCAAAUUAAAGUCUGGGGGUUACCAAGCAGUGAAAAGAUGGACCAAAGGGGUCAAUCUCUUUGAACAGGAACUAAUUCUGGUGCCUAUUCAUCGGAAGGUACAUUGGAGCCUGGUGGUAAUAGACUUAAGAAAAAAGUGUCUUAAAUAUCUGGAUUCAAUGGGACAAAAGGGCAACAGGAUCUGUGAGAUUCUCCUUCAGUAUUUACAGGAUGAAAGUAAGACCAAAAGAAAUGUUGAUCUGAGUCUUUUAGAGUGGACACACUACAGCAUGAAGCCACAUGAGAUUCCUCAGCAGUUGAAUGGGAGUGAUUGUGGAAUGUUUACGUGUAAAUAUGCAGAUUAUAUGUCUAGGGACAAACCUAUCACAUUUACUCAGCACCAGAUGCCUCUCUUCCGGAAGAAGAUGGUGUGGGAAAUCCUCCAUCAGCAGUUGCUGUGAGAUGCCCUGCCCAGUCCCUUAGCUACUGGUGAUUUCAUGGACGAACGUUUUCAUAUACCUCAUGCAUUGUGGGUUAAAAGUCCCUGCAUCACCUGUUUUCUCACAGGUACUGAGCUGCCAGAUGUGCAUGAAGGCCCUGCACCCUAGAGUCCUGACUUGGUAUGCGGAGGGCUGCUUGCAACCCUGUUUGUAAGACUGUGCCUGCUCAGAGCCCUGGACUGUUCAACCCACAUAGGAACAAACGCUAAUUAAUAAUUUUUUUUAAAGAUUUUUUUUUUUCCCUGUGAAUGUGGAAAAUGCAGGAUUUAUUCUAUGA